AUGCGCAAGCUACCUCGUGGCAGGGUACAACAGAGGAAACUCGAUGAUGGGAAAGCAGGGACGCGGUGGUCGCUGCGCCGUCGCGUUAUAAAAACGAGAACCAUUCUCGAGUUACGCACAUGUGCGCUACUUUCUACCGUCUUCUCUGCGGUUCGGGUUGUUUCUGGUCAAAACACAUUUGACUGGUCUCAACUUAAGCCCAGCACCAACCUUUCUUGGGUGCCUUGCAACUCUGGCUUCGAGUGUGCGCGCCUCUCCGUUCCUUUCGAUUAUUCCUCUCCCUCUGCCGGAACUGCUGUUAUUGCUGUCAUUCGGUUUCGCGCUCAAGUUUCCCCGACCGAUCCUGCGUAUCGUGGACCUAUCUUAAUCAAUCCAGGCGGGCCUGGAGGGAGUGGCGUACAAUUUUUACUCAGCAUCGCUUCCCAACUCUCUACUGUCUUGGGUCCAAACUUCGAUUUCGUCAGUUUUGAUCCUCGUGGCGUUUUAUUCUCCACCCCUACCGUCUCUCUUCUCGGAUCGACAACUGAAACAGCCUUGUGGAACGCUGCUGCAUGGCCGGCAUCAUUGAAUGCGAGCUCAGACUUGACGGCUUUUUCCCGCCUUUGGGGACUUGCUCAAGUUCAAGGCCAGCUCGCGGCUCGGCGCGACUCUACAGGGAUUCUCAAAUAUCUUACCACGGAUAAUGUGGCAAGGGAUAUGCAGUCGAUAAACCAGAAACUGGGUUAUGACAAACUCCAGUAUUAUGGAUUUUCCUACGGAACUGCGCUCGGUGCAACAUUUGCUGCAAUGUUUCCAGAUAAAAUCGAGCGGAUGAUCCUUGAUGGCGUCAUUGGUAUGGAGGGCUGGUUCCAAACAAAUGAAACCAUCGCAUCGACCUCCAUUGACGCUGCCUUGGGCACUUUCUUCACUAGUUGUGCUGCUGCUGGUCCCUCCCGCUGUGCCUUCGCCACUUCUUCGUCCGGCACCCCAAAGGAUAUCUCCGACAGACUGACAGCAUUGACCAAUGAUGUCCGCAAGCAACCCGUUCCCGUCGUCACGUCGGCUGGUUACGGCCUUGUCGAUUAUUCUCUUCUUCGCGAAACGGUCUUCAGCUCCCUUUAUGCUCCGUACGACCGGUUCCCAAUCCUCGCCCAAGCGCUUGCGGAUCUGGAAAGGGGAAACGGCACAACGCUCUAUGCCUUUUCGGGCCUCACUCAACCGUUAUACCAAUGUGGUGAUAGCCCGUCCAACGCGGACAACGCGAACGAUGUACAGAUUGCUGUGACUUGUAGCGAUGGGGCGGAGAUCAAGGACACGUUCGACCAACUUGUGGCAUUUUACCACAGUGUUGACAAGGUCUCUCAGUUUUCCGAGUUCUUGGUUGGCAGGCAGAGAGUUACGUGCAGUGGAUGGAAGGUUUACAGAGAGGGUCGCUUUAAAUGGCCGGGAAGGGUUGCGAAUACGAGCUUCCCGAUUCUUUUUGUUUCCAAUACUGCUGAUCCAGCCACUUCUAAAGCCGGAGGUCUCAACACUCUCGCUGACUUCCCGGGCUCGGCCAUACUGACUCAAGAUUCACCUGGGCACACAUCAUUGGCCGCCACCUCCUUCUGUACGCUCGGCUAUAUCUCAGCGUACAUGAAUAACGGUACCCUGCCUCCGCCGGGAACAACAUGCUCCGUUGACGAGACCCUUUUUGGGGAGGACUCCACAACUGGAACCGUUCCGCAAAGAGUGGCAACUAGGGUAUUAGCGCGUGCUGAAGCGAAAGAGGAGAGCAUCAAACAGGCAGUUAAGAGUAUACGGAAGGCGUUGCGGCCCGUGUCAACCCGCGGGAUAUUCUGGACCUGA